CAAAGCGAGGAAGCGACCCAGUAAAACAACCAUCGCAUCGCCACGAGUUUCGAGCCUUUUUAGUCUCGAAAGACGAGCAGUAGUCUUGCUAACAUGGCCUCCGGGUGGUACACACCUUAGCGCGCUGCGAGGGGAGCCCCCAAGGCCGAGAGGGUCAACGGGGAGACAAUGUGGUUCGGGAGGCGGUUCGGCCCUCCCAGCCUAGAGACGGCACUGGUUGAAUGAAUAUUUUUAGGGCCGUGACAACGUCGUCUUGAUAGGAGCGCGGAGCUCCGCGAGGGACAGAAAUGACGGAGAACAUGGAGGAGCUCGAGUUUGCCGGGCGGAGCCUCAUGGGCAGUUACACUGAGAAGCCAGAUAUGCAAGGGUGGGAGCUGACUGCCCUCUUCUUCAUAUUCUUGCUUAUCACGCUUGCCUGGGAUUUGCUAGUGGGCAUUCUGACAUUCCUCAAUAAUAUCUUGCGCGGCCGAAAAGCGAAUUGGCUGGCCCGUGUCAAGGAAGAGCUGCUGGCGCUGGGCGUGGUGUCGUUGGUGCUGCUGUUCGUGGAGCCCACUCUGCAGCAGAUAUGUAUCCCUCAGAAGAGCUCUGGUACAGAUCCAAAUGCGCCGCCGUCCAAUGCGCCGCCGUCGCCACCGGCCGUUGAGGUCCAGGUGCCCUAUGGCACGUAUCUGUGCCCCGCUGGCUCGCGCCAGGUGUUUGCGCGUACGGUAAUCCACGCGGCGCACUACCUGCUGUUCUACCUGGCGAUUGUGCACAUUCUUUUCAGUCUACUUACCAGUGUUAUCACAAAUUUCAAGCUGAGCAAAUGGAGCAUCUUGGAGCGCACCGCAAGAAAGGAGCAGAACAUCCCGGCCGUGACCUUCAUCCGCAUCUCCACCGCCAUCACGCGCGCCAAGGAGGUAGUCAGCCCCAGCGCCUUGCUCAGGCUGCGCGAGGUGUGGCGUGACGCGACCGGCUACGUGGACCAGGACCUGUACUCGCUGCUGCGCUACAUGUGCGAGAAGCGCUUCCGCGUGCACCACGUGGUGCUGCGCAACUUCAACUUCCUCAACAUGUGCGAGCAGUGCCUGGAGGCGGAGUUGAACGAGGUGUACAGCCACGCCUGGCUGCUGGUGUUCAUGAUGUCGCUGCUGCUGCUGUACAACCGCAUCGUGUACCAGAUCGUGUGGUUCUGCGCGCUGUCCAUCUGCGCGCUGGCUGUCAUGUCCGGCAACCUGCGCUGGGUGAUGAAGAAGACGGGGCGGGAGGCGCGCAACCUGUGGCGCAAGAUCGAGGGCCAGACGGGCGCGGAGUUCGCGGAGGAUGAGGACUACGAGGGGGAGGAGGAGCUGGAGGACGCGGACGCGGAGCCGAAGGAGGCCGGCGCGGAAGGCGGCGCAGCCGGAGCCGGACAGCAGCCACGGAAGCAGCACGGCCACGGCCAGGGACAUGGGCACACCGCAAAGCAGGUUGUGGCUGGCGGCGCUGGCGGCGGCCCUGGCGGGGACCUGGAGACGGGCGAUGUGACCAUGCAGCGGCAGCUGGACCAGUUGCGGCAGCAGUACGGAGGUGCCCAGAAGCGAGGAGGGCGAGGAGGCCCCUUGGGAGAGUCGAAGGAGUGCCGCGGCGCCCGGGCAGCGGACCCUGCCGCCGUUGGAGCUAUGGCGCAUACGACGCCACGGCAGGCAGGCACAGAUGUAGGCAGCUCGGAGCGUCGGGCGCAUAGCCAUGCGGCAGCGGGGCCAGGCCCCAGCAGCAGAGCGGCUUCGGCGGCGGCAGCACGGGGUGCCGGCACAGGCGGCAUCGGGCGCUACCAGGUGCCGGGCAACAGCUUGCUUGCCGCAGCUGGAGGGCCAGCCAAGAGUUGCGACCGGGGCCGCAUGGUUGCGCCCGCACCUGGGCCGCACGUGAUGCGUCCGCGCUUGCUCGUUGAUCUGGUGGAGUCUGGCAAAUCGGUGCGGCGCUCGGCGCUCGGCCGGCUCCACGCGCAGCUGAAGAGUGGGGCAGGCAAGGCGGCCGCGUUCGCGGCGGCGGCGGCAGCAGCCGCGGUGCCACCCUCGCCUGCGCUGUUCAGGCGAGUGCGGGCGUCGGCGGAUGGCACCGGCGGCUGCAGCCGGCAGCAGCCAGGGUCAGGGUCAGGGUCAGCGGCAGAUGGUGGCACCGGUGUGGUGCGGCGCUGGGGCCGCAGCAGCGGGCCUGGACCAGUCGCAGAAAGCACGGUGACCAACCCGCUGUUUAUGAACCAAACGCCGAGCCCCGGCGGCCGUGCCGGCAUCGCCGGCGGGUACAACAUGUACGGCGGAGGCAUGGGCGGUGGCAUGGGCAUAGGCAUGUACGGGAACGCCUACGGCGGAAUGGGAAUGCAGGGCAUGAUGCAGCAGCAACAGCAGCAACAGCUGCAGCAACAACAGCAGCAGUGGGGCAUGGAUGGGAUGGGAAUGCCCCUUGGCGGCGCGGGCGUGGCGGCAGCGCUGCCCUAUGGUGGCACGGGCGUGGCGGCAGCGCUGCCCUAUGGCGGCUCUGGCGCAGCCGGCCCAACUGCCGCGACAGAAGGCGCCGGCACUGCUACCACUGGCGCUGCUGCAACGGCAGGCCCAGACGGGCAUUGGGGCUCCAACCCCAGCUCUGGGGGGCAGGAGGGCAGCCAGGAGGGCGGCGAGCCGGAAGCGGACGCGGCGGCGGCUGUGGAUGAGGAUGUGGACGGGCUGCGCUCCAGAUCCUCUGGCUCUACCAGCUCCGUCACCAGCUCCGAGGCCCGCCGGCGCCAGCUGGCGGAAAAGAUGGGCGAGGGCGACGCAGAUUCAGAGGUGCACUCGGAGCGCUCAAUUCUGGAGCACGAGCUGGCAGCCGGCAUUGAGGAGAAGAUCAUCCGGCUCUUCUUCUUCGGCCGGCCGUACCUGCUGCUCUGGGUCUUCAACGUCAUAUUCGCGCAGGCGUCCCUCAUCAUGACCAUGUCCAUGGCGUUUGUCAUCCCGUACGACAAGUUUGACUAUAUCCGCGAGGUGGCGAUGCCCAUGUACAUCUGGCUGCCGGUGGUGCUGAUCAACUUCGUGCUGGUGUUCUACGGCUGCUGGGUAUUCCUGCCGCAGUACGCGCUGCUGGCGGUGACGGGUGUGCUGGAGCCUCACGAGGUCAUGGCGGAGAUCAAGCGCAGCAAGACGCAGGACGACAGCGAGGAGGGCGUGGCCGCCGUGGUGCUGGGCAAGCUCACGACGUACUUUGUGGGCAAGCACGACGGCGAGACCAACUUGUCCACCGCCUUCAUUGUGUUGCUGGCCAGCCAGGCCGGCAUCAUCUUGGGUCGUGACUACAAGGCCAACAGGGAGAUCAACAAGACGGUGCUGAAGAACAUGUUCACGGAGCUGGUGCUGGUGUGGCACGACAUCGCCUGGUACGGCGAGCUGCUGUCCACCUACCGCAUCAAGACCAAGAACGUGAUCUUUGAGGAGGCCUUCAAGGAGCUGGAUGAGGACGGCAGCGGCGCGCUGUCGUUUGGCGAGCUGGCCAACAUGAUUCGCAGCCUGGGCACGUACGCCACCGCCGGCGACGUGGAGGCCAUGUUGUGGGAGAUCGACAUCGACAACAGCCACUCCAUCGGCUACGACGAGUUUGUCAAGUUCCUGACCUACGCCUUCUUCGACACCAAGCAGCUGGGCUACAUCGACACCGAGUCCCUGCUGGAUGGUAUGGAGCGGCUGGGCAUGCCCAUCAACGAAAUGCAGGCAGCCGUGCUCAUGGCCGUGGGUCACUGCGAGCCAGGCGAGGAGGUAAAGGUCACGCUGCGCCAGUUCUUCGAGCUGUUCGAGAAGGUGUCUUUCGACGAAGAGGAGGAGGAGGACGGCAGCAACAAGGGCAGCGUUCUGGGACGUGCCUGGGAGGCGCUGCGCACGCCCAGCGUCAUGUUUGUGAACUACAUCAAGCGCGAGGUCAGUAGCCUGAGCGCGGCGCGGCGUGCCGGCAGCACCCGGGGCCUGCCGAAGGUGGCGUCGAGCAGCUUGCUCGCGCGAGCCGCCAGCAAUGCCAGCGCCGCGGCGAGCGGGGCGUCAGUACGGCAGCAGCCAAGCGGUAGCUUGCACCCGUCAACACAGUUCACGGCGCAGCGCAGCAGCCUGUCAGGCGCGGGUAUUUCCCGCAGCGGCACGAGCGGCCUUGGAGGAGGUGGCAUGGGCAUCGGUGGCGGCGCGGUAAGCCCAGGCGGGGCUGCCGCGGGUAAUAUGACCAUGGGCAUCAGCAUGGGCAAUUUCGGUCCUGUAGUCAACAGCUACUACAGCGGUGCAUACAGUGUGGCGGAUAGGAUGAGCGGCGCUGAUGGCGGCAUGUCUGUUGAACCCGGCGGCAGCGGGGGCUUGCCGGCUGGGGCCUCGCUGUCCGGCCCAGCCGCUUCUGGUUUAAGUAUCUUGUCGGGCAAUUUGAAGGGCCCUUCACGCCUUGCGGUGAUGUCUCGGGCCGACCAAUGAGGCACGUGUGGCAACCGUGACAAGUGUUCCCCGGUCACGGGAAAAGGGCAGUCACAGUCUGAGGCCGUACAACCUCAUCGCCCGGACAUAGCCGGGGUCGGUUUUAACAGGCACAUAGCCCAAAAAGAUCAGGGGGCGGUGUGCAUAAGGGUACCGUAUUGCAGUUGAUGGACGUACAGUGAAUAAAGAGCACAUGGAAUAACUGAGGAUGCAUCGAGUAAGCUCAAGACCUCAAGUACGGUACCGUACAUGCGAGCCCAAGGGCAGACCUUGUGGGCAGACCCAGUGCUGCUGGGGCAAUUGAGCAAGAAGCUUGUUGAUGUCUAAAAGUAUGUAUGUAUCCCAGCCGGCGCUGUCCCGGGAGCGCAAACAGCAGCAGGGUUUUGGGUGAUGAGGUAGGGCGCGGUGUAUGGAGGUGGCAUCCUGUAUGUCUAUGUGGGCGCGUGAUUGCGCUAAGCCAAUCGAGUCGUCACAAGUUCGAUUUUGCGUGAGAGCCGUCUCACCCCGGUUAGUGCACGUGCUCGAGUGCUGUGCCGCAGUAGGGUGUGGAGUGCAAUUACCUUGACGACCAGCCAGGGACUGCUUGCGGAGGUAUCGUGGAGUUGUGUAGAGCUUACCCGCCACACAAUUUGGACUUGCUCUGGACCCUGGUCCCCAGGGGCGUGCCGCCUGCAACGCCGAAGGUCAAGUGGUAAACCAGACUAUU